AUGGGUGCUAAUGUCAGCACUCAAGCUCCGGCACCUCCCACAUCUUCUCCGCAGGAGUCCAAAUGCCCAGUUGACCACAAGACUCGAGAAAUAUGGCUACAACAAGGAGGCUCUGCCGGCGGACCUCCUCAUCCUCACCCUCUCCCUGCUCCUGCAGGCAAUGCGACGACUGAUGACAAACCCAACCCCAAGCUCCAGCGACAAUUGUCCAACGAUCGCGAAGUGAGCAGUAUUCCACGAGCUUUCGAUGGCUCGACUACCACAGACACAAAACCUUCUACACCCUCGCCCUACGCAGUAUCCCCAACCGCCUCACAUGCCACACCAUCCAACGCCGAGUCUGAAACAGGCCAUGACGCCGCCACGGGCAACUGGGUAUACCCCUCCGAACGCCAAUUCUUCGAAGCACUAAUUCGCAAAAGCAACGUACCGGGCUCUACCCAAUCAGCCAAGGAAUUAGCAACUUCUGUCGCGUCCAUAAUACCCAUCCACAACGCCGUGAAUGAGAAGGCCUGGCAAGAGAUAUUGAAAUGGGAAAAGGAUUCACCAUCUUCCGACCCAGGGAGCAGGAAAUGCGGUGGACCGAAAUUAUACGCUUUUCGUGGGUUGGGUACUGAGUCCCAGUUUGUGUCGCCGCGGGCUCGACUUAAUGGGUUGAUGGGGUAUCAGUUACCGUUUGAUCGUCAUGACUGGGUUGUUGAGCGUUGCGGUGGAGAGAGGGUGGAAUAUGUGAUUGAUUUCUAUCAGGGCAAAACUGCAUCGGCCAAUCCGCAAGAGGAGUCUGGGGGGAUUAUAGGUGCCACAGGGCCUGGGAAGUUGAGCUUUUAUCUCGAUGUGCGCCCGAAAUUGAAUAGUUUUGAAGGAUGGCGUAUGAGGUUCAAUAAAUUCUUGGGUUUAUAA